UCGACCUCUCCGUCUUCUCGCGGAUCCGCAGCGAACAAAAAGCUCAUGUCAGACUGCAGACACCACAUCAACCGGGAAAGCUAAUCUGUCAGUGACUCUGAUAGUGAAUUACAUAUCCGUAUUAUACCGGCAUCGUGCCUAAUUAAACCUGCCUCACAGUGACGAGAAACUGACGUUGACAAGACAAAAAUGAAGUUGUUCUCGUUUUUCCUUAUUUGUUCCCUGGCUACUCUCACAAAAUGCGAGGUUUUUACGGCCCUGGUGGACAUGGAAGAUCUGUUGGACACUGAAGCCGUUUUGAUGCGUACAUUAGGCAGUUACAUUGAUGCCCAAGAAAAGAGGCUUGAUUCGCUAAAAAGACUAGAAGGGAGUAAGGUGAAUACGAUAAGGAAAGCUGCUGAGUACGCAAAAGAACACGAAGAAGCGAGUAGUGACAUAUCAGAGUACUUGAAUAAUCCCAUCAACGCUUACUUGCUGGUAAAGAGACUUACUUCAGAUUGGCACCACGUGGAAAGGUUGAUGCAGGAUGACGUAGGACGAGUGUUCAUCGAUAGAAUAGCAGGGUACAGGGAAACCUUGAAAUUCCCUACGGACGAGGAUCUGAAUGGCGCUGCUGUGGCUCUGAUGAGACUGCAGGACACUUACCAUCUCAAAACAAACGCUGUUGCCAGCGGUGUGCUCAAUGGAGUACAAUAUAGCAGUGAAAUGUCAGCACACGAUUGCUUUGAGCUUGGCCGUCAAUCUUACAAUAAUGGAGACUAUUACCACACAUCUUUGUGGAUGCACGAGGCCAUGGAUAGACUGCAACAAGAAACAAACAAGACUACCACCAGAGAAGAUAUUCUCGAGUACUUGGCAUUUUCUACUUACAUGCAAGGCAAUGUAAAGGUUGCCUUGACUCUGACUAACGAACUCUUGGAGCUUGUUCCUUCACACCAGAGGGCUCAAGGAAACAAAGUUUAUUAUGAAAACCAAAUAAAGUCGGUGCCAGUGAGGCAGAAAAAGGGAGAAGAUGGCGGGGAUGAUGUUGAUGAAGCGCAAUAUGCGGUCUCUGAAAAGGAAACACGGCCUAAGCGAUCUAAUGAUGAGGUACCUGAGCGCGAGAUGUAUGAGAUGCUGUGCAGAGGCGAAGGGAUGAUGUCGGCAGAUAAAACUUCUAAACUUAAAUGCCGCUACACGACACACAACAAUCCAUACUUCAUUUUGUCGCCGAUCAAGGAAGAGGAAGCGCAUUUGAAUCCAAACAUUUGGAUUCUCCACGAUGUGAUGAAUGACGCUGAAAUAUCAACCAUCAAGAGACUGGCACAACCAAGGUUCAAAAGAGCAACAGUGCAGAACUACAAGACUGGCGAGUUGGAAACCGCCACUUACCGAAUCAGCAAAUCUGGCUGGUUAAAGGAUAGCGAUCACCCCCACGUGUCUGCUGUCAACAAACGAGUCCAAGCUUUCACUGGCCUCACUGUUGACACUGCGGAAGAGCUGCAGGUUGUCAACUAUGGCAUUGGUGGCCAUUAUGAACCUCAUUUUGACUUUGCCAGGAAAGAAGAAACUAAUGCAUUCAAGAGUUUAGGCACUGGUAAUCGAAUUGCUACAGUGUUGUUCUAUAUGAGUGACGUAGCCCAAGGAGGUGCCACCGUUUUCCCGCACCUCAACGCAGCUUUGUGGCCUGAAAAAGGCAGUGCAGCAUUUUGGUAUAACCUCCACAAAAGUGGUGAAGGAGACUAUUUGACAAGGCACGCUGCGUGCCCAGUCCUUGCAGGAUCUAAAUGGGUCUCCAAUAAGUGGAUUCAUGAACGAGGCCAGGAGUUCUUGAGGCCAUGUGGUCUCACUUUGGAUUCAUAAGAACAGCCCCUCUUCUGUUCAUCCUAUUAGACUUGUAGUUUUGGAGAACGUACCGAAAGGAAACAUUUUUCAUUUAAUUCUUUCAUUCAUUCUGGAAUGUUUAUUGAUAAUUUGUGUAUCACAUCGAUAUCAGACCAUUUACUGAAUUGGUUUGCACAGAAAUAAUUCUCAAGGGAGUUACAUUAAUUUUAAUUAAGAAAUUUCGCCGCUUUCUUCACACAAUAAUGAGGUGCCAUAUAAUUUCUGUUUCGUGCUCCACUGUUAUAAGUCAAUGUAUUAGACAGGGAUUCUCUUUAUUUUGCAGAACAGAAACAAAGUAACAAAUGUUGCCAUUUUAAAUAUUGUGAACGAUUCUUGAGUGCCGUGAUUCAAAAAGGUUGAGAUGACCGCAUGCAUUUAUCUGUCGAUCUGUCGAGCUACUUAUCAGCUCAAAGUCAGCUAAUUUUAGAUGGUAUAACUAGUUUUUAAAUCUCUUAAAGUGUCGCAAUUUUAUAUUGACGCGAAAUAUAUAUUACAUAACUAUAAUUCAUAAUAAAUGGAAAUUAAAAUAUUGUUUUAUACAUAUUCGAA